AUGGAUGAAGAUGUGUCUCUUCCUCGUACCACCAUCCAGAAGGCGGUGAAGGGCGCCCUGCCCCCCGGGCUGAGGGUGUCGUGGGACGCCAUCGACGUGCUGACCUCCUGCUGCAACGAGUUCGUGCACCUCAUCUCCAGCCAGGCCAACGUCAUCAGCGAGCGCACCAAGCGCAGCACCAUCACCCCUGAUCACGUCAUCCAGGCCUUGGAAGAGCUGGGCUUCGAGACCCUUGUGGGCCCUGUCCAAGAGGGUGAGGGCCUGGGGUCUGUUGUUAAGGGAAACCAUGCCACUGCCGGGGUGUGGGCUGCCUAG